GAGUAGACAUGGCUAGCUGCUAGCUUCUGACUGUUGCAGAUGUUGUGACAUGAGUCCGUGUAGAGAUUCCUGUAAACAUGAACCUGACCGUCCACUUUUAAAACUGCAGGGAUAAAACUUAAAUGCAGGAUGUGUUCAGUCGUCGGGUGUGAUUCGUGGCGUCGCAGUGCGCAGCGGUUCAGGUUACCGGAGGACCCAGAGAGGAGGCUGGAGUGGGUUCAGUUCAUUUUAAAAGUCAACGAGCAGAGACUUAAAGAGUCGUCCUGGACUGAUAUUAGCAUCUGUAACGAACACUUUACUGCUGAUUGUUUUGAAAACCUGACUCCGACUGGCACGGUCCAGCUAAAGCCCAGUGCUGUCCCAUCACUGUGUGUCAAGUCAGAACCAGACGACCCGGAGCUGGAUCAGGAGUAUGAAGAAACCACAGAAUUUACUUUUCAGUGCGAUCAAAUUAAGAAAUGUAAUAGCCCAUCUUCCUGUUCUGAAGAAUCAGGACUCUCUUCAGCAGCUGCCCAACAAAGCCCUGCGCCAAGUGAUGCUUCAGAUGCUUUCACGUAUGAUUAUGGACAGAUGCUACAAAAAGUUGUGAACAUUGAUAUUAUCAGGAAAAAAGCUGCACUUCUGCAGAUGAAAAAGAAGUACGUGGUGAAUGAAAAACGUCUCCUCCAGCUGUUCAGCCAUAAGUGUCCGUCAUGUGGCUCUAACGUAAAGACGGAAAAGGUCACCUAUGGGGUGCUUGUCAUCUUGAACCAGCAGUGCCUUCAGUGCGAGUACAGAAACCAGUGGAAGAGCCAAGUCAAGGCCAAAGUCCCAACAGCUGAAGAUCAACACCUGACAGAAGUAGUAGAAGUGACUCCAGAGAUCCAACAGGCGGUGACAACAGAUGACGACCACAGCGGCAUCACAGAAGGGUUUGAGAUUGAUGCCAAUUUUGAUGAUGAUGAGAACAGCGAUCCCACAGAUGAAACGGAGGAAUCGGGUGAUGAAGGGGACACGGAUUCAGACGAGGAUUGGGAUCCGGAGGAGGAGCUUCUACAGGCUAGCGUGCUCCGUGAGGAAUCUGAGGAUGAAAUGGAAGAAGAAGAAGAAGUUGGUGAUUAUCCUCCACCUUCUUCCAAACACACUGAGCUCUGCACAGACUGCGGGGUAUUUUUUAACACGGUGAAGCCUCACACAUGCGAGCACAAAGUUAAACCUUAUUCUUGCAAUAUUUGUGGGAAAAGAUGUGUGAAUGAGAUCGCACUAAAUACUCACAGCAGAAUCCACGAUGAAAACUACGAACAUCGAUGCAAAUACUGCAACGUUACAUUCAAAACAAAGGUGGACAAAAUCACUCACGAACAGACUCACUUAAAUCAAGGAAUACCAUACAAAUGUCCCGAUUGUUCCAAGACAUUUGCCACAAAUAAGCAACGCAGAAUCCAUCUGAGGGAGCACGGAGGCCCCCAGCAGUUGAAAUGUCACAUCUGUGGGCUUGGCUUUACCCACACCAAUUCUCUUCACAGACACGUAGCUGUGCAUACAGGAGUGAAGCCGUAUAAGUGCUCAGUGUGCCAGCGUGGCUUUAAACAGGCGGGACACCUGAAAUCCCACAUGCGUCUGCACACAGGGGAGAGACCUUACAAGUGUCCACAUUGUGACAAAAGCUUCAAUCACAACGUGAGCUUGAAGAGUCAUGUCCAGCGUCACCACUCAUCCAGUUCUGGGCGCGAACAGAAGAAGGGUAAAACAAACAAAACGUUGAGCGACACUGGUGACGAUCAGGGGAAUGGGAACAAGACAGACUCAGAUAUGGGUCUUGAGGAAGAACAUGAUAACGAAGAGGAGGUGCAGAAGGUGCAGAAAGGGAGAAAACACACACCAAAACGUCGAAAGAGGAGCACGGGUCGACCCAUAGGAAGGCCGAAGAGAAAUGCAGCAGAAGACGUGCAACAAGAGCGCUCAAACACAAAAACUGCCAAAGUUAAGAGGCGGAAGUUGAAGAAAACGCAUUCCAGUGAUAAAGAAAGCGAGGACGAGCCAACAGAGAGUGAUGUGUCCUUUGAGUCAAGAGAGGAGGAAGAGGAGAACAGUGAGAAUGUGACACUGAGUGUGAGCAGAUCGAGAAAAAAGGCAAACAUUUCUGACAGAGACUCUGAUGCUGAUUUUGACCCAGAAGAAAUAAAAACGGAGAGAAAAAGAAAUAAAGCAGCCAAAUUGGUGGGAAAAGAUGUAGGGGAUGAUCAGGAAACAAUCAAGUAGGUGCAGUUACUAAAAAACAAAAGUUAUUGAGUUGAGCAUUCAUUGAGAGAAAUACAGUUGACAUAUAGUGCCUGUUUUCCUUUGUGUUGUAAAUGUUCAAUAAUUGCUGUGAAUGCUGGAGACAGAUUGUUGGGUGUGUAAAUCUGAAUAUGCUCACCCUGUCCCGAACCAGCAUGCCUCUGAUGGAAGCUCUCUGGUUUCCUCGGGAUCGUCCCAGUAUCCACCACUUUAGCCUUUAGUAAAGACACACAGGCUGGUGUUGUUUUGGUGCUAUGUUAAUAAAGGCUGUGCACAAAAUAAGGCACACCCCAGUGUGGCUCAUUAUACAACCAUCAGUAUUUAUCCUCAGCUUGUUGUUUCGUGAAAAUCCCAGAAAUGGAACAGUGCUGGUCUCAGUGAUUCAAAAACACAUUUACUGAAACAUAAUGUAUACAUGCUCUCAGGGCUGGGCGAUACGACCUCAAGUAAAUCUCACAAAUAAUGAAACAUUUUACUUCGAUUACAAUUAAUGAACAAUUUUUGUUUUUCGUAGUCAUAGUUCACUGACGUGGUCUCUACUGUAAAGAUGCAGUGUUCACAUUUGACUUUUUUUGUUCGGUGUCGUCUUCCCUAAAGCCAAAAUGUGUCCAAAUGAUGGACAUGGUAUUUUUUUCUUGGGUACAAGACACCUCAAAAGCUUGAUAAACAACAAACCAACAUAUGAAUCAUGUUUUGGUCUUCAUAUUACUUACCAGUGAUGACAUAUUAUAAUUGUGUUAAUCUUUUGGCUAAAUAUCCGAAACUCCGCUCAUUUAAAAAAUCAACUCAAGACCCACAUUUCCAGAUUCCUCACUCCCACUGCCUAACAUGAACUGUCAUAAACUCUUAUUUUGGUUUUUGGUGUCUGUAUUAUGCAUUUCUUCAUGCAUUCUAUGUAAAGCGACUUUGAGUAUCUUUAAAAGUGCUCUAUAAAUCCCAUCAAG